AUGCUAUGUUUCACAACUUCACAGGUAUCUGAUCGACAACCCGAUUUGACGCGUUCGCAUCCUUUCUCAAAACGAGUAAACAGACGGUCCGUCAGAGUUGCCAUUCGGGAUCAGGAGCGUGCUGAUUUUAAAAACGAAAGUGAUAACGAUGUUUACGUAGAAAGCACUGAGACUGAAAAUGAACUCUCGGAAAACGAACCCUCCCCUAAGAGAAGACGGAAAAAUGGUAAACGCAUAACUACUUCAGAAAAAAUUUCACAACCCGGAAAAAUUACUACACCUCCUAAAAUAAGAGUAAAAUCAAUUGGCCAAAUUAAACCUUUAGCGCUUCGUCAACAGCCAACAACUGAACCACAAACAUUUUAUGACCGUGCUAGGUCUAUGUUACGCUUAGAGGAAGUUCCGGAUACGUUACCAUGUCGUGAGAAAGAAUAUAAACAACUUUACGAAAGGGUAAAAUCGGCAAUAGAACAGUUUUCGGGGCAUCGAAUUUUUAUAUCUGGUCAACCCGGAACAGGAAAAACGGCAACUGUACGACAAGUUGUAAAAAAUUUACAACAAAAAGUUGAAGAAAAGGAAUUGAUUCCCUUUGAGUUUGUCGAAAUCAAUGGGAUGGAAAUAAAACCUCCUGAGAAAGCCUAUCCUAUAAUAUGGAAGGCACUAACAGGAGACCAUGUUACUUUCAAAGAUGCUGAGAUUUUGUUAGCUCAAACUUUUAGCGCACCGUCAAGGCGAGGCCCAAUAUUAUUAAUGAUAGAUGAAUUUGAUACUCUUGUCAAGAAAAAGAGCACAGUGAUUUAUAAUUUAUUGAAUUGGACAACAUUUCUAAAUUCAUAUUUUAUAGUUAUUGCAUUGACGAAUCGAAUAGAUUUGUAUGUGAAUAUGCUUCCUCUUAGUAGUGAUAGUCGGAUGGGUUUGGAUCGAUUUUCGUUUGCUCCGUAUACCCACGCAGAAUUAGCUAUCAUUGUUAAGUCACGACUUGAAGGAAUUGAUUUAUUCACGAAUGAAGCUAUAGAAUUUGCUGCCAGAAAAGUUAGUUCAAUUACUCAAGACGCAAGAAACGCUUUAUGCAUUUGCAGCCGAGCCGUCGGAAUUCUUGAAUCUUUAGUGAAGAAAGAUGAUACUGUGAACAAUAAAGUCACCAUAGAGAUAAUAAAAGAAGCUAUAAAAAAGACUAUCACUCCUUGGUCAAGAUAUAUCAGAAAAUGUUCAUUUCAGGCAAAAUUAUUUCUCUGUAGUUUAUAUUUGCUGAGAAAGGAUGAAAAAUUAGAAAUCGAAUAUAAAGAUAUCGCUGAGAAAUUUAUUAAAUUAUGUAAAGGAAAAGAUAUUCCUCAACCAACCUACACUGAAAUAUCAGAUAUUGCUUAUGAUCUUGCAUCAUCUUUGAUUUUGAUUAUGGAUCCAAGUAAAGAUAUUUGUGCAUCUGUAGAUUUCAACGCCAAUGAAGAGGAAGUGCAAAUAGUGUUGAACGAGGACCCAUUUUUUCGUGAUAUGAUAAAAUUAUAA